AUGCCGAUCGCACCGCUUCAGAAAUUGACGGUCGACGCACUGACGGAUCAUACGGCCACCGUCAUCUUUGUCCACGGUCUCGGCGACACCGGCCACGGAUGGAAGCCAGUGGCGAACAUGUUCCAAGCCGACCCGGGUCUAAGCCAUGUUAAAUGGGUGCUUCCCCAUUCACCUUCAAUCCCAGUGACUGCAAACUCAGGGAUCGUAAUGCCCUCCUGGUUCGACAUCAUUUCUUUCGGAUUCGACUGCGACGAAGACGAAGCCGGCAUCCUACGCUCCGUACACCAAAUCGACAAACUCAUCACCGACGAAAUCGACUCGGGCACUCCUGCUGAACGGAUCGUCCUCGGUGGCUUCAGUAUGGGCGCCGCCAUGAGUCUCACCGUCGGUCUUUCGAACGAGAGGAGGUUGGCCGGGAUCGCGUCGCUGAGCGGAUGGCUGCUCAUGAGGAGGACGUUCAAAGCCAUGGCCGGCCGCCACGCGAAGGAGCUCCCGAUCUUCUGGGGACACGGCACGCACGACCCGCUCGUCAAGUACCACCUCGGCGUCGAGUCCGUCGCCGCGUUCAGGUCGCAGAUCGGGAUCGGGACGGCGUCGCUCGAUGCGCCGGAUGCGGAGGGGUUGAAGGGCAUCUCGUUCAAUUCGUAUAGUGGCCUGGGGCAUUCGACGACGGAUAAGGAGUUGGACGAUUUGAGGGGGUGGUUGAAGAAGGUGUUGCCGCAGGAGCAAUAA